CAGAACAAGGCAGGGCAGACGAAGAAGAAGAAGAUUUCUGGUCACGUGGUUAGUGUUGGACCAGGAAGAGACGGAAAAUCCACCAAAACAAAUCGAGGCUCCAAUUUUCCGGGAUCGUUUGGAAACAUAUUCGUAUUGACAUGGAUGAAACACUAUUCCAGCUAAAGUUCACUUCCAAGCAGCUUGAGCGUCUGGCCAAGAAGGCGGAGAAGGAGUCUGAGAAGGAGCAGGCGAAGGUCAAGAAGGCUCUGCAGCAGAAGAAUGUGGACGUAGCUCGAGUCUACGCAGAAAACGCCAUCAGGAAAAAGAAUGAAGGUCUGAACUGGCUGCGCAUGGCGUCCAGAGUCGACGCCGUGGCGUCCAAGGUCCAGACGGCCGUCACCAUGAAACAGGUGACUAAGAACAUGGGUCAGGUGACCAAGGCUCUGGACAAAGCUCUUCACUCCAUGGACCUCCAGAAAGUCUCCGCAGUCAUGGACAAGUUCGAAAGCCAAGUCCAGAACCUGGACGUCCACACUUCGGUGAUGGAGGACUCGAUGAGCUCGGCCAUGACGCUGACCACCCCCCAGGAGCAGGUGGACGACCUGAUCCACCAGGUGGCGGAGGAGAGCGGCCUGGAGGUGAUGGACCAGCUCAGCCAGCUUCCGGCCGGAGCCACCUCCAUAGGAGCAGAGAGCUCCAGGAGCCAGGACAAGGAGGACCAGCUGUCCCGACGGUUGGCCGCUCUGAGGAACUGAAGGAGACUUUCAUCACCACCAGAGCUGUGUGUGUUUCUAUCGAACUGUUUCUACCGGGAGGAUUUAACGAGACUAUCGAUUACCACCACCCACCCCCCCCCCCCCCCCCCCCUUCCUCCACCCACCCUCCUCCUCCUCCA